AAAUCAGCUUGAUAUCGAAACUAAGUGGAAGGAGACAAGAGUUUGUGUUUACUGUUGCACCUCCUCGACGGGACACAGGGAUUUUUUUUUUUUUUUGCGCUACAGUCGAGUUUUAUUAGAAUAAAGCGAGGAGUACGAGUGGGUAAAAGCAAAAUAAAUUAACUGGGACAAAUAAAAUAACACAGCGGGCUUUUGGGGCAGGUGUUCAAAGGCGGAAGCAGCUAGCCGGUGCUAGCUUAGCUUAAAGAAAAGAAACGCUGACUUGAAAGUGUCCGUCACCGUAUAAAGGGGCAACUUUAAUAAGCGUUUAUAGAGCUGUUAUUACGGUUCCGGUAGACUUUAGCGGCAUUUUUUUUUUUUCUGUUUCAGUGAUGGACUUCGUUGCUGGUUGCCUUGGAGGUGCUGCUGGAGUCUUAGUUGGGCAUCCGUUUGACACAGUUAAGGUGAGACUGCAGGUCCAGAAUGCAGACAAGCCGCUGUAUCGCGGAACGUUUCACUGCUUCCAGUCCAUCAUCCGGCAGGAGUCGGUAUUUGGUCUGUAUAAAGGCAUUGGAUCCCCCAUGAUGGGCCUCACCUUCAUUAACGCCAUAGUAUUCGGCGUCCAGGGGAACACCAUACGAAUGCUGGGGAAGGACACGCCCAUGACCCAGUUCCUGGCCGGAGCUGCUGCAGGUGGAAUCCAGUGUAUCAUCUGCUGCCCCAUGGAGCUGGCCAAAACCCGCAUGCAGAUGCAAGGUACUGGAGAGAAGAAGUCCUCCAAAAAGGUGUACAAGAACUCCCUUGACUGCUUGCUGCGCAUCUACAGAAAGGAGGGAUUGUGGGGCGUAAACCGAGGUAUGGUCACCACGCUUGUCCGCGAGGUGCCGGGUUUCGGAGUGUAUUUCCUGGCCUAUGAUUUACUGACCCGCUCACUUGGCUGCGAGCCCAACGCCCCCUUCCUGAUUCCAAAACUGCUGUUCGCCGGCGGCAUGGCCGGCAUCUUCUCCUGGCUUUCCUCCUACCCGGCGGAUGUGAUCAAAUCCCGGCUGCAGGCGGACGGGGUCAAUCAAUACAGCAGCAUCGCGGACUGCGUGCGUCAGAGCGUCAGGAAAGAGGGCUACAUGGUGUUUACCAGAGGCCUGACCUCCACGCUGCUGAGAGCCUUCCCCGUGAACGCGGCCACCUUCGCCACCGUCACGCUCGUGCUCAUGUACAUACGUGGCGAUGAGGACGCGCCAAAAAACUGCGAGGUAGAUCAGCCGAUCCGUCACGAUCAGAUUGAACAGCAGAAGCAUUCCGACAGCCUGUAACGGAGCGCAGACAAUCGUGGCACUUACAGAAAACAAGUGUUAACAGACACACACUCACACACCUUGCUUGCCCAUUCCAAGUUUGGAGUCAGAACGCAUGUGAAUCAUAAUGAUUGGUCAUGCUAAAAAGGAAAAUCUAUUUAUUUUUUAACCACAAUGAAAAAUUUAUUUAUUUUUUAACCACAAUGAAAAAUUUAUUGUUAUUUUUGUGACACCGGGUCUCUGGAACAACUUACCUGAACUAAGGUCCACAAAUAUUCAAACUGUAUCAUUCAUGAUGACAAAAACAAAACAAACAAACAAAAAAAAGAGUAUUUGUCAUUGACAAAACAGUUUAACACCCUGACUCAAAGUGAGGACGUGGCACACUGUGGACUCUGAAAUGUGAUCUGUUAGUUGCAUCUAGACACAAUUUAUUUUUCUUAGUUCUGUUUUUUGUAGUUUGAUGUUUUCCCGCUUUAAGAGAUGCAUAAUUUUAUACGGUAAACAAGUGGGAACAUUUGUUUGUACUUGAACUGUGUCCACUGAUGAACCAAGCAGGCGAAUGACCUCGAAUGUAGCAGCGUGUGGUGAUGGACGUGUGAAGAAAGAAUCACUUUGCCUGCUUAAAAAACAACAA